AAUUUCUUGCAGCCUAGGCCAUAACAUAUCUACUCCGCGUAGACUGUAGACGUUUCAGUCUGCUAUUGUCUCGUAUGCGCACAAGCCAAAAGGAGAAAAAGAAAACAGUGAUGCGUCUUCGAACUCCAAUCAGGGGAUAAUCACCUUUAGUACUCGGAUCCUGGCUCAAAUGAUAGACAAUUCACCCGGCUCUAUCGUCUUUUUGACGUAUCCACAAUCUCCUCCCUCUGGUAUACUCCAAGUAGCCGCUUGUCAGGGACAAAGCCCACCACUAUGCGUCCAUUACUAGUGCUAUGCGCAGCUCUUGCAUGUUAUGCAGGAUUAUGCCCUGUUCAGGUUCGUAUAGAUUAUCCAGCGCAUCCACAUGGCUUUCUCCACUCUGAAGUAUAUGAUCUAUAUCCUAUCUGCUUAUAGCCCUCAUACUCCAAGCUGUCCUUUCUAGAUACGCCAUGCUAUCAUUUUUAAAGCGGUGGGUGGUGCCCAACGUCACGCCAAUCCUCCUCAUCGGCCUCUACGGCUAUGUAAUGUACAGUUUUUGCCACGAGCUCGCAUACAAACUCAUAUACCUCCAUUACGGCCUCCGCGCCUUUUAUCUCGCUGCAGUUGUCGUGUAUUCGCUCCUAGCGGCUAUAACUCUCGCUCUCUGGUUUCAGUUAAAGUUUUUAGCUGACCCAGGUACGUUUGCUCCGCAGCAGCACCUCGAUAACAUCGAGCAGACCCCGUAUUUUCUCAGCGAUCCCUACGGGUUUCCCCUCUUUUGCUCUAGCUGCCAGUCGUACAAGCCGCUACGGGUGCACCAUUCCACAAACCACGGAAGGUGUGUGGUAAAAUUUGACCAUUUCUGCAUUUUUCUCAACGCAGUGGUGGGCUAUGCCAACUACCCGGUGUUUAUCAAGCUCCUUGUGUGGUUCACCGUCAAAUGGUUGUUUGUCCUCAUAGUGGAUGUUAUCUUCGUCAACAGAGUAUUCACUGUGGACCGCCACGUCAAUAUCCACUUGAUUGCAUUGGCGAUUGCCUGCGGCUUCUGGUUGAUGCUCGCGGGUGGGCUCCUCGCAUCCAACCUCCUAAAGUAUAUUGGUGCCAACUUCACCACCGUGGAGGAAAUAGCGAAACGCAAACCCCUGGACCUCCAUCUCAGUGUGGUGGACGGGUCGCUGCGAAAGGUGGUGAAAAUCGAUCCCGACCUCCGUAGCUCCCUCUUCGACACUCGUUCGUUCAAACAGAACUGGAACCAGGUAUUCUACUGCUACCAGGACCGGAAACUGGGCUCGAUAGCUAGGACAGUCGCCUACAUACUUCUCCCAUUCUUUGACCCCUGGUUUGUAACUAAAACCUUUGUGCAAAACAAGCGCCAUGCCGUCACUAUAUGGGAGUACAACGCCAUGAGCAACGUGAAGAUCAGUGACGAGUCCUGGGAAAUUAUCCAGCAGAAGCUUCGACUGGAUGAUCUCUCACAGUGCUGGGUGCUGUCGAUGAUGCUGCUGAAGGAGAUGACGGAUCUAGAAUCGCCCAGCACCGCGGACUUGAAGCAGCGUCAGGAAUAGUGUAUAUAGUGAAUACAAGCGGGGGAAACGGGGAACUGUUGUGCUAUAUAAAUAUUUGAUAUUCAUAUCUAGUGGUUUUUAUUGUAG